AUGGAAACACCUGAUGCUUCCUAUCGCACCCCUGCGACUGUAAUUAUGACAGUCGAGCCGCGUUGCGAAAACCAGCAUCAUGGAGCCAUUGACAAGACAUCGAAAGAACUAGAACUUCCCCGCUGGGUGUGUGUUAUCGGUUCGUCGCUUUUCCUCGCCUCAUCCUUUGGAUUCUCCCAGUCGAUUGGAACUCUGCAGUCUUACCUGCACCUCAACCAACUGCGAAACUAUUCUGCAAGAGACAUUGGCUGGAUCACCGGGCUCGACACCGCUCUCGCUUUGCUUUUUGGUCUCCAGGUCGGGCCUCUACUGGACAUUUACGGACCCAAAUGCCUGGCUCCAGUCGCAACAGUGCUCACGGUGUCCAAGUUUUUCUUCCUGGCUGAGUGCAAAGAAUACUGGGAAUUCCUGCUCUGUCUAGGUGUCCUUGGGGGAGUUGGCUCCGCUGUAUCCUCAUCGUUGGCAAUAUCUUCGAUUGGCAAAUUAUUUUUUCGUCGGCGUGGCUUGGCGAUGGGUGUAGCCUUGACUGGUUCGUCCAUUGGCGGUGUCAUAUUCCCCCUGGUUCUUCGUCGAACUCUACCAGAUAUAGGCUGGAGUUGGAGCACCCGAACGCUGGGAUUCAUUAUCUUUGGUUUCAUGUUCCUUGGGUCGCUGUGCCUUUUGCCUUUUCCACGCCUGGCUACACCGGCGGCAAACACCGCCGAAAAGAAGUCUGCGGCUCUUAGUUUUGUUGCUUUCCGAUCGACUCCAUUUCUGUUUACGACAAUUGGGCUUUUCUUGUUGGAAAUCUCAAUCAUCGGCAUUGACGUACUCCUUCCCACAUUCGCCAUUGAGGCCGGCUUUCCGUCCAGCUCGGGAUUUACCCUUGUUGCUACCCUAAUCGGAUGCUCAUGCUUAGGUUGUCUUCUCCCCGGAUUCGCUGGAGACCAAGUCGGCCAUUUUGACGUUAUGCUGUUCAUGGUCACGCUUACUUCUGUCUUCACGGCGGUUCUGUUUGUGCCUUUCGGCACCAAGUCUGUCGGUGUCCUGUAUGUUUUUGCGGGGAUAUGGGGAUUCGGAUCGGGGUCUUUCCUCUCUAUCACACCAAUUUAG